AUGGCACUCAAUAGAUCUAAAACCAUAAGGGGUGAAGGUUUGAGGCAACAACAACCACCAACGGUUGGCCAGGAACUACAAAUUCCGGGAUGGAGUGAGGUGGUGGUCACCUCAAACGAACAAAGGCAACAGAUGCUCAACCUCGUCUCGAGGCAGUUUCACUCUAUUCCAUUGCUCUUUCCUUUGGCCUUCAAUCUCCAAGAUAAUCCGAUUCAAAUGGCGAAGGUGUAUGAAUCUAAAAGAUUUUCGAUUCGAAUGGCGGAGGUGCCUGAAUCUGGUUCAUCAGAAGGAGAUCGUCAAAGGAUGAUGGGUGAUAAUAAUGAUCUUGAUUGUGGGUAUGAUUAUGAUAACUAUGAUUCUUCAUGCCCCUCAUCAAAUCCUUCUACUGUACCUACUGCAUCACCUACUCCACCACCACCUCCACCUCGUCAACCAAAUACUAAUCCCUCACAAUCUGUACACAUGUCUUCUCAACCCGAUGAAAGUGAGACAUCCACAAGAAAAGCAAGAAAACAGACUUCAAUGGUUUGGGAACAUUUUCAAAAGAUUACAAUAAAUGGUAUGCCAAAAGCAAAGUGUCUCCAUUGUGAUCAUAUCUUGUCGGCAAUAACCAAAAAUGGAACAUCACACCUUAAGGACCACAUAAAUUUAAGGUGUACUAGAAAGAAUUCAAAGGUCAAUAUUCGACAAAAGCUUUUGAGUGUCAACCGCAAAUCUGAUGGGUCAGCUAGAGUUGAAAAUGAUAACUUCAGCCAAGAAGUUUCAAGGAGGGAAUUAGCUAACAUGGUAAUUAUGCAUGAGUAUCCGUUGUCUAUAGUGGAUCACAUUGGUUUUAGGAGGUUUGUGACUAGUUUAAAUGCCCAUUUCAAGAUAAUAUCGCGUAAUACAUUACGGGCUGAUAUAAUGAAGAUGUUUAUGAGUGAAAAGGCGAGUCUAAAGAAAGCAUUAGAGAGCAAUGGGUCGAGAAUAGCUAUCACUACUGACAUGUGGACAGCUUCAAAUCAAAGAAAAGGUUACAUGGCUGUAACAUGUCACUAUAUUGAUGACUUUUGGGUAUUGCGCAACAAAACAUUGAGGUUUUCUUAUGUGCCUUGUCCACAUACAAAAGACACUCUUGCUCAAGUCUGGUUGGACACUUUGAACAUGUACAAUAUUGCUGAAAAAGUUUCAUCUAUUGUGGUUGAUAAUUGUACUACAAAUGAUGCUAUGCUUGAUGUUUUGAGCCCUCGUUUUAAUGAACAAUCUCUUAUGUUGAAGGGUAAAUUUUUGCAUUUAAGGUGUAGUGCACAUAUAUUAAAUCUAAUUGUACAAGAUGGUCUAGAUGUAAUUGGUGAUGGAAUUAAGAGGAUACGUGAUUGUGUUUCCUUUUGGGCAGCAACUCCAAAACGAGUUGAAAUGUUUGAGGAUAAGGUGAAAUCUUUUAAAGGAGAAGAGGGUAGAAAGUUGGUUUUAGAUUGCAAAACAAGAUGGAACUCAACUUUUUUAAUGCUGACUAGUGCUUUACCUUAUAAGGAUGUGUUUAGUAAUAUCAAGCGUCAAAAUCCUCGUUUAAAGUUUAUACUUCCUACUGAAAUGGAUUGGGAAUUUGCUGAAAAGUAUUGGUCUAAUAUUAAUGGGAUAUUGGCCAUUGCUGCCAUUUUAGACCCUAGGAACAAAUUAGAGUGUGUAGAGUUUUAUUUCAAUGACAUAUAUUAUGAUAAGGCUGGAGAUGAAAUUGAUAGGGUAAAAAACUUGUUGUAUGACUUGUUGUAUGAGUAUCAAGAGAAGGAAGCUAGGAGUAUGGCAACUUCUAAUCUAAAUAAUGUGAAUGGAAAACGUCCUAUUUCUUCAAUUAACUCUAAUGAUGAUGAUGGUGGAGAUAAGUGGAGUAAGGCUAAGAAAACCAAAACAAGGAAAGUAAAUGUGAGGUCUGAGUUAGACCAUUAUUUAGAGGAGGAUGCUUAUCCGGAGAGUGAGGGUUUUGAUAUUUUGAAAUUUUGGCAUAUUGAACUCAAAUAUCCGACAUUACAAAAAAUUGCCAAAGACAUUCUAGCCCAUACCUGCAUCUACCGUUGCAUCUGA